AUGUCCCCGCGCAGCGCCUCCUCCCCCGCUGGCGGUGACAUGGGGAGGAGGGGCUUCCACGGGGGGAUGGCGGCGCAACGACUCGCCACCAGUGAGACGGAAGCUCCGCUUGCGACGCGCACAACAGUGCGCAUUGGUUGGGGCCUUCUGCUCUCAUUUUUAGGGCCCUCGGCGGCGCUGCGCCAGGAGGUCUGGGGGCGCGAGUUGCCGUGCGGUCGGCUGUGCCACCCGUGCCGUGGGACUGCCGGGCGGCGGCGGGGAGGAGGCCCCCAGCCCGUGCUUGCGGGGCGGCGGUGGAAGGCCGCGGGGCUUCGUCAAACGUCAGGUGAAGCUUAG